AUGUCCUCCGACGCUGACACUUCAAGCUCUAGCCCUAGCGAACAUGCUACCUCUGGGCAAAAUGAGCAGGCAAAGAUGCAGCCAAUCAUGGAAGCCAUUACUGAAGUUCCAGAGCACGAGAGAAGUGCUCAAGAGACUAUCCGCGAUUAUCUCUUGGAGAACGUCGAGGAGUUUCGCCGUCUCUAUGAGGUGAGAAGAAAGGGCUGGGAGACAAGUCAAGGCGAUGCUCAUUUCAAGAAACAACGAGCAGUCGCAGAUAAAUGCAGCGCGAACAGUACACAUUUCUUCUACACCAUGAUGAAGACGAUCGCAAUUGACCUCGACAAGGCAACGGGUGCUCUGAACAUGCCCAAGGUCGAACAGCCGGCCUUGCUGGACAUGUGCGUGGCUCCAGGUGGUUUUGUUGAUGUGGCCUCGACCAAGACACCUGGUAUUCACAUCAGGGCCAUGAGUUUACCCGUUGAGCAAGGUGGACACGAUGUCAAGAUGCUCGAUGCACAAGUGGAUCUGGAGUUUCGCGACAUCACAACGCUGGUAGCCGAUAUGGGUAUUACCAAGAACGAUGUUCCGUUGAACUUUCCAGGACCAUAUGACUUCCUAUUCGAAAAGGUCUUGGGCGAUAAUGAGACGUUUGAUCUCGUCUUCUGCGAUGGCCAAGUCCUGCGUACUCACCCCCGUGCGGGAUGGCGAGAGCCCCGAGAAGCUACUCGUCUAACUCUCACGCAGAUCGCCCUCGGUCUCGAACAUCUGAAGAACGGUGGUACAAUGGUUAUCCUUAUGCACAAGCUCGACAGCUGGCGAAGCUUCGAUUUGAUCCACCAAUUCAGCAAAAUGGCAACCGUCAAACUGUACAAGCACUACAGGCACCACAAGAUCAGAUCUUCAUUUUAUCUUGUCGCAAAGAAUAUCCAAGCUGAAAGUGCCUUUGCGAAGGAGAUGGUUGCGCUGUGGAAGCGGAUAUACAAGAUUGCGACGUUUGGUACUGAUGAGGAGUACGCUGAGAUGCACCGAGUCACUAGAGAGACUGCCCUGGAAGAGCUUGAGAAGUUUGGGGAGAAAUAUGUUGCAAUGGGGAAGAAGAUUUGGAAGACUCAGGCUGAUGAAUUGGAGAAAGCGCCCUUUUUGAAGAAGCGCACGAAGCAGCAGAGCAAGCGCAGGACAUGGGAAUGA